AUGCUCGACAAGCCAGACAUCAAAAGCGACAGGGCCUCCGAGAAGGAGGGUGAGGCCGCUAUCGUCGAUGGGGCUUUCGUCCUCAAUGACGAAGCCGCUCGUAUCAGAGAUGAAUACCUGAUGAUGGCCCCAGACGAGGCGCAGGCGGUGGAAAAAAGGCUUAAGCUCAAACUUGAUCUUAGGCUCUUCCCCUCGCUCAUGAUCAUGUACAUUCUGAACUAUAUUGACAGGAAUGCUCUGCCAAUCGCGAAACUGGCUGGCAUUUCUCAAGAGCUCGGCUUCUCCUCUGUUCAGUUUGGAACAUCCAUUUCCAUCUUGUUUGUCGGGUACCUGCUCGUGCAAGUGCCAAGCAACCUCUUCUUGUCCAAGCUUCGCCCAUCUUUGUAUCUGCCAUUUGCCAUGGCGGUCUGGGGAGUUGUAUCAGGAGCCACAGCAGCCGUUCAGAACUACGAAGGGCUACUCGCCGUUCGCUUUGUUCUUGGCUUUUGUGAGGCACCAUUCUUCCCUGGCGCCGUCUUUCUGUGCUCGUCCUGGUACAAGCCCAAUGAACUCAGUCUGAGAGUGGCCCUGCUUUUCGGCGGUAGCAUGUUGUCAGGUUCAUUUGGUGGGCUGAUGGCCAUUGGAAUUACUGAGGAAAUGGCUGAUGUGGCUGGAAUAUCGUCUUGGCGAUGGUCAGUUGUUCAUCAUCGAGGGCUCACUAACAAUCGUGUUCGCCUUCAUAUUUGUAUUUGUGCUUCCCAACUAUCCGCACAACACACGGCAAGUGCACAAGGCUUGACCCUGGGUUGCUGUCUACAAGUGCUAACCCCACGACCUAGGUGGCUCACUGAGAAAGAACGCAUUGUUGCCCAAUAUCGAAUGAUGUCUGACACAGGCGUGAAUGCAUCCAACGAUACCACAAUGGCACAGGGGUUCAAGCUUAUGAUCAAGGAUCCCAAAGUGUGGUUGAUGAUGCUCAACCAUCUCCUCAUCACACUAUGCGCCUCAUUUACCAAUUUCUUCCCCACCAUCAUGGCAACCCUUGGAUUUGAGCGAAAGGUAACAUAUGCUCUUCUAUCUGUACCCUACCUGAGUGGCUUCUGCAUUGUGUUGGUCACUUGCUGGCACGCAGACAGGGUGAAGGAGCGCACAUGGCACAUCGUCGUAAACCUCUCAGUGUGCAUAGCUGGAUUGGCAAUUAUCGGUGCAACUCUCUCUGUACCAGCUCGCAUUGUUGCGAGUAUCAUGAUGAUCUCUGGCAUCACGAGUGCCUCCAACAUCAACUUGGCGUGGAUUGGAAGCUGCAUCCCCUUCCCACCCCCGAAACUCGCGGCAUCAAUCGCUUCAAUCAACAUGAUUGGAAACCUUGGCAACGUUGUCGGCGGCUAUCUCUUCCCUGCCAGUCAAGCCAACAGAUAUCCGAUGGCCGUGGGCGUGGAGGGUGGCUCUGCGAUCCUAGCCAUCGGCGGCGUGCUUUUCUACAGGUGA